CCAGAUAAGCCUGGCCAAGGCCAGGCUUAUCUGGUGCCUCAUGGUACAGGCCCAGACAUCACUCACCUGUCAUCAUGAACUGUUUAUUUUAUUUAUUUAUUUUUUAUUCAGCCUGCUCCUUCCUAGAAGAUGGAGCAGAGACCUCCGUGUGCAUGCACCAAAGUUUACAAAACCUAAGGAUGAAGGCUGGUUUGUGGUUCUUGGUAAUGCAGAAUCUGGAGAGCUGCUGGCACUUAAGAGAGUUCCCCCAGUCCGUGGUAGUUCUACAUACUUGCUUUCAUUCAGGACACCCGACAUACCAGGAAGUGCUGUACUGACAUUAUAUGUGAUGUCUGACAGUUACCUCGGCCUUGACCAGCAAUAUGACAUUCCACUUAAGAUCAUUGAAGCUAGCCUUGAAGCACAAGUAAAUACUGAGGUAGUCAUUGAUGAGCUGGAUGAAGAAAUGGAGAAGUGGCUUCCUCCUCCCUCAGGUAACUGGAAGAUCAGAUGAUACAAAAUAGUUAUA